CUAUCUCAACAAUCUCAAGUUUUAGUAAAGAUAUUACUAUCACUCAUUUUUGAGUGAUAGUUUCCAUCAAAUUAACAAAAGAAUGGAUGUAUUGUUUAAGUAAAUAAACAAAAAAAAUGAAGCAUUAUUAACAACGCACACAUUGUAACAAUCUCACCUAAACUAUCACCAAAACCAAACGACUCCUUAGUAUAGUAAGUGGCCGCGGAAAAUCGUUACGGCGUCGUUGCGCGUGAGUACUUAGUUACUAGGAAUGGAAAUGGGACAAGUCCGGGCGGGUUUCUUGGUACCCAGACCUGCCCCGUAGCAGGUCGGGUCCAGGUCGGAUAAUUUAUCACGGGUCGCGGGUCGGGGCAGGUCGACCCAAUGUGUAUGCAAUUUAUAUGGAAAACAUUAGAAAUAUUCGUUAAUUUUAUUAUAAGACCAAGAAAACAAACAAUAUUAUGAUAAAUGUAGUUAAAUUAUUGGAGGAAUUGAGGUUUUCACUAAUUUAUAACUUUAUUAUAGCUAAAAUACGAUGUAAUAAAAGGAAAAUCCUAAGUAGUUUGAAUAAAAUUACAUGUAAUUUAGGCAAGAAUGAGGCGGGUCUGGGCAGGUCGGGCCGAUGAGAGUACCCAUGCCCGCCCCCGCCCCGCUUACAGGGAGGGUUGAACCUACCCAAAAAGGCCAUACAGAUCAGGUAAAACGGGUUAGAUCGAAAUUGUCAUCCCUGUUAGUUACUUACUAAUAGUCUAGCUUGAUAAUUGACACGACGUCAGGGCUUUUUCCUUAUUCUCUCUCGUUCUCAAAGCUCUCCUCCGCUCCGGCGUCUCUAUCCCUAUUCCCUACUCCGCUCUCAUUCUCAGGCUGCCGCCGCCUCUCCGUGCUAGCUUCUUCCAGGUAACUCCGGUUUUCCUUUCCCUUAUCUUGUAAGGCAAGCUAGGGGGAUACCCCUCCAAGUGAUUGAUUCUUCGGCAUACAAGUUUUCUGGCCAGUUCUUGUUUGCUUUUCCAUAAUUACAUAUUGAGUAUUGGUGUUCGUGAGAUGGAAAGGAUAUAGAAAGGGUAGAAUGUCUCCUAGGGAAAGAACUAGAGGAUGACCAGGUAUUGUGACUGUUCAUACUUUCCCCAAUUUAGGGAUUGGUUAGGUCUGAAACUGAUUCUGGGUUUUUUUUUUUUUUUGUUGUUGUUGUUGUUGUAGUGUUUGCUACUUCUGUACGUGUAUACGAUAAUGAGUGAAGGUGAGGGCAAGGCGGUGAUAGGACUAACAUGGCAGCCCAAGUUGCCUACAGCUUCUCUUGCUUCGUCGUCGUCGUCCCGGAAACCUCAGGACGGGGGUUCUCUUUGGAAGCCUACUCAGGAGCUUGUCGAUGGCCUGUUUUUGCCACCCAAUAAUCCUUCUCAGUUGAAAAAGUUGCAGAAGAAGCAAGUCAAGGACACUCUUGGCAAAGGAUGGUUUGAUAUGCCAGCUCCAACUAUGACCCCGGAAUUGAAGAAAGAUCUCCAGAUACUAAAGCUGAGAGGCGCUAUCGACCCAAAGAGGCACUAUAAGAAAGGUGAUUCAAAGUUAAAAGUUCUUCCCAAAUACUUCCAGGUGGGUACAGUCGUCGAGUCACCGAUGGAGUUCUUCUCCGGCAGGCUGACAAAGAAGGAGAGGAAAGCUACUAUUGCUGAUGAGCUACUUUCUGAUCAGGCCUUCAAGGCUUACAGGAAGCGCAAGGUGAGAGAGAUCGAGGAACAGAAUCGCCCUGGCGGGAAGGACAAGUGGAAAAUCAAGGGGAAGCAGACGUUCAAGCGAGCAAAGGAUAAAAGACGCUAAAGCAUCCUUAUCAUUUUUUGUACUCUUCGAAAAGAACCUUGAAAGAAAAAACCAGAGCUUCUCAUGUCGAUGCCUGAGGCCUGGGCAACCUCUCUCCCUUCUUCAAUUUUGGGUUGGUCAACGUCAUAUGUAUUAGAACAGGUAGAAAUGGGAAAUAGGAAAAUGCAGCACUAUAUCAGACGCUUUCGGUGUACUAAGCCUUAAAUUCUUUUUUUGACUGUGUUUCACUAAUAGCUUCCUAUUAUGAACAUUGUUGCAACAAAUGUCCAUUAUAACUUUGACCCAGACUUUGACACGAUGGCAACGGUAGGUUGUGUGAGUUUUGGUGUUAACUAUGACCUAUUUAUUUGCAUUUUUCUUCGAGUUGGGUUGGGUGGGUGAUGGAUUGAGUACCGGUUGGAUUGUGGGUUAACUAGCAAAAUCAAUUUUUUCAACUAGCCAUUAAGCAAGUCAACUAACAUUUAGAAUAAGUUCUGUGUACACUAGUAACACUAUAGCAAUUUAGACAUUUCUCACUACAUCAAAAUUUUCAUUACUCCAUCAACUAAUUGUAGAGAAAUUUUAACUAUUUUGUGACUUUGAUACAAUUAAUAGUUUAUAAUUUGCAUUUCACUAUUUAAUGGAUACUACAAAACAUUGCAAUCAAUAAUAGUAGUCCUAGAAUAAUUUUUAUCCUCCACAUUUAGAAUUUGAUGGCUAGUGUGUAGUGCAGUUACGAAAUAUGAUGGCCAUUCGAUAGUAUAAACAAGAAAUAAUUUUCUGUCAUAUAAAAAUAUGGUGCGUGUCAUUCGGGUGACCCGCAGUCCACCUACCACUCACCCAUCUAACUCACUGUGGUAGGAGAUUUAUCACUAUGCAAUCCAUCUAGGUCAAUCACCCACUCAUUAUGGUUCGAAUUAUUUCAGGUGAAUUGAUAUCAAACCGCGGAUUAACCACCCAUGUCCAUUUAAUAAUUGGUAAGGGAAAAAAACCCAAAACGGAAUCAUUAUCUAUCUAAUCUAAUCUAAAGAAUAUAUUGUACGUUUUCCCAUUAAAAGCUUCUCUAUUCAAUUUUUCUCUUCAUUCACGCUUCCACGUCAGCAAAACUUUAACCAAUCACAACUCACUUUCACUUUAAAAAGUAACUCCUUCCAUGCGGAAACAGCAAAUCCCUCUAUUUUUCCUUUUAUAUUUUUAAAUUUAAUGUUUAAUAUUUAUCAUGUGUGGCCGUUUAAAAAAAAGAACUUCUUGCCCUUUUUUAUAGGUUAAUCUCAUCUUUAUCUUUUUAUUUUACAUAUCAAUUUUCUUAUCCAUAGAUGUUUCUAAUCUAUAAAGACAUAGUUUUCCU